CUUCUCGACACUUUGCUUCUUGCUCCUGUUAGUAACGCACGUCAAAUUAAUGCCGGUUUCGCUCGUAAUUGCGAUAUCUUCAAGCCUUCGAAUCAUCCAUCUGAAAGAAAUCUAAAGUCUCUUGUUGCAUCUGAUAGUCAAUCUGGUUGUCUCUCUUCAUUUUUCCCAGCUUCACUGCUUCCUGAUCCUGCUCCCUCAGGCCAUCCUCUAACUUUAAAUCAGUCGGUUACUUCAUGUGAAAUGAAUACAUUGGAAACGCAUGCAAUAGUGAACACAUUCCCUUCUUCAACUUCACCUCCUGCUUCGAUUUCCAUCCGAACGUCUCUACUUGGUUUAGACUUGCCUACAUACUCAUCUACAGCUCUUUCUAUCCUUCCAACUACUUUAGCUCCAACUACAUCAUCAACAGCAACUUCCGAUUUUCCAGACGUCCUUGCUUUCAAUUCAUGCAUCUCAACCUCAGAUUCAGAUAAAUUUUCUCCUACCUCUUCACAGAUUUUCGUUCCCACUCAGGAUUCUAAGAGAGGGCUUGAGCAACACGAAGUUUGCAAGCAAAAUUUUUUUCCCCUUUUAUCUUCCCCACUCUCUCUGCCAAUGACAGGUGAUUCUGAAUCAUCUUCCACAGUCACUCUUCCUGGCAUCCAUGGCACCGAGAUGAAUCUAGAUCAUGGCGUCGGCACAAAUCCGAAUGAUAAGCCUUCUCUUGGUUCUAAAGUUUCUAUCUCUAAAAAGUCGAGUGAGGGCGUUUCUCUUCUUGAUUUUCUAAACCGCCGUUCAGGUAGUGAAAGCCUUUUAGAAACUAAAUGUUCGCAUGUGGCCGCUAUCACUCCAGUUACCACCUUUAACAAUACGGCUACAGUCUCUCCAGAUAGCUUGACUGGAAUUCUGACUAGAGCCGAUAAAGGUAUUAGUAUUACGUCUGUCUUACCCACAACAAUGCCUGCUCUCAAGACACCGCUCCAAGUAACUGAAUCCACAGUAAGAAAGUCUCCAUUUUUGCCCUAUCGGCUUUAUCGAGUUUCUCGUCGUCCAAUUUUAAAAUCUAAAGAGAAUGCUUCCAGCAGUGCUGUCUUUCACUCCAUUCCCACAUCCAUUCGUGUUCUUGCCAAUGAUCGUCAGUUUUCCAACAUGCGUGAUGACAUGAGACAAUCUGCCUCCGUUGCCACUUCCUCAUUGGAUAAAACUCUAACGAGUAUGGAUGAAACAGAAUUCAACCAUAAUGGAGCUAGUAAUGUUGGCUUCGUUUCUGCUUCCAGACGCUCGGAAGUUCUUAACAUAGAUAAAGAUAAUGCGGAAUCGGCUUCAGCGUCUAUGCGUCUCAUUUGCUUUGCGUGCCCUCUAGAAGAAUGUACUGCCAUAUUUUCAGACAAAGUCUCAUUCUGUAAUCAUUUCAUGGGUCAUCUGGGCCCGAGACGAAGUUUCCCUGGUCGUGCCUCCCAAGCAACCGCCGAGGCGUUGAUCUCCUCUCCACCGCUGAAACUCCAGCGUCAAAGCUAUCUGGCUGAGUCACCACUAAGGCCACGAUCACCAGUUCGACCACUCUCUGCUUCUUUUCGUCGCAUGGCCACACGCCAAACGGAUACCAGAGUUUUCGCUCAAGGCGAUAUUCUCUUUACUUCAACUCCCUAUGAGGCCUACUCGGACGCUUUUACAACCGAUAAAUUCUCUGCCAAUUCAAAUUUGGUUGCACCCGCUCCUAUUUCGUCACAAGACGAAAACAGAACAACUCACUGUCUUAGAUACGGCCCCAGUCGUCGUCUACCUUCUCCGAUUCCAGCACUGCGUCUACCUUUUUCCAAGUCGGAACCCACUCAACUACCACAGUCACCACCUCUGCCACAUAUGUCCAGUAAAAAAGCGGCUUACAUAUUUCCUGUCACGCCCUCCAGUGCAGAGUUGAUAUCGCCUCAAACCAAUCCUGCAGAAUGUGAUCGGGUGGUAAGGUUAUGCCCUGCAACUGAAAAGGUUUUGGAUUUGGCCUGUGAGUCGUCUGAAAUGAGUAGAGCUGGGAAUACAAAUAUGGGAAAAAUGGAUGAAAAGCAAGAGUUCGACCUUAGCGAAGAGAAGAGUGAAGAAACACAGAAGGCAAAAAAACAUACUCAACCUGAUGGCUACCUCGAAACAAGUAAGGUGCUUGAGUCAGGUUGCUUCGCUUUGCCCUAUGCACAGUCACAUGCCGAUUCCUCUCUUUCAUCAUCUGCUCAUCUGGUAAGUGCACUGCUUGCCUGA